AUGCUCCUCUUCAUGCUGUCCAGGGUGGUUUUAUUACCCCUCUUCAAGACUAGCGAUGAAGACUCCGUCUGCGAUACACAAUCUCUCAUAGACUCGAAUUUUACCCUCGCCUCAACCGCUCGAGACUACUGCUACGAAAAUGGUCGCCGAUACCAUGCCUACCGGCUGGGUCAUUACCCCAUGCCCAACGACGAGGAAGAACAAGACCGCCUCGCCUUCAUGCACCAUCUCUUCAAGCUCCUACUCGGCGGCGAUCUAUAUCGCGCUCCAAUCCUCGCGAACGACACCUCGCCGAAACGGAUCCUCGACGUGGGCACCGGCACCGGCAUCUGGGCGCUGGAAAUGGCCGAUGACUUCCCCGACGCGGAGAUCGUGGGCACCGAUCUGAGCCCUAUCCAGCCGAGUUGGGCGCCCCCGAACUGCGUAUUCAACGUCGACGACGCCGAGAGCGACUGGACGUUUACGCCAGAGGAGGCCUUCGAUUACAUCCAUUCGCGCAGCAUGCAUGGCGGCAUCGCUGACUGGAACCGCUUCCUGCGCCAGGCAUACGCGCAUACCAAGCCCGGCGGCUGGGUCGAGAUCCAAGAGUACGAGUCCUUCAUCCGCUCCGAUGACGAUUCCGUGCAGCAAGCGCCGUUGGUGCUGGAGUGGCAGGAGUAUGUCAAUGCCGCCAGCAAGCAGUUUGGCAAGUACAUGAACGUUGCGCCAGAGAUGAGAGGGUGGAUGGAAGAUGCCGGGUUUGUCAAUGUCACGGACUCUAGCUACAAGUGUCCGGUAGGAUCAUGGCCCAAGAGUCCCCGAUUGAAAGAAAUCGGAAGAGCGGGCAGGAUCACGGUAUACGAGGCCGUGGAGCCAUACACACUCGCCCUUUUCACUCGGGUCCUCGGCUGGUCUUGCGAGGAUGCUCAAGCCUAUGUGGACAAAGUCCGGAUGGAGCUACUAAAACCCCACUUGCAUAUCUACGUGGUGUUCCAUUUUGUGUGCGGACAGCGACCGCUCGACGGGUGA